AUGGCUGGCUCAUCCACCCCACCAAGCGACGAAACCUCGUACGUCAAGAUGACCGACGUACAGCAGAGCCUCCCCGACGUCAGCCUCGUCGGCACCCACUGCCAGCUCGAGUACUGCAACCAGCUCGACUUCCUCCCUUUCUACUGCCAGUCCUGCCGCAAGACCUUCUGCCUCGACCACCGCACCGAGUCGGCCCACAAGUGCGCCAACGCCGGGGCCUGGGCCGAGCGCCGGCGGGCGGCCCAGCAGGCCAAGUCGUACGCCGGCGAGGGCAGGCAGCUGCGCGACUACGUCUCCCAGAAGCCCUGCGCCACGCCCGACUGCAAGACCGUCAUCGGCACGAGCCUCAUCACCGGCGUGCACUGCACGAGCUGCAACCGCGACUACUGCCUCAAGCACCGCCUGAAAGAGGACCACGACUGCAAGAACCUCGUCCCCCUCGGCGCCCGGCCGCAGACCAACGACGCCGCCAAGAGGGCCAGGUCCGCCCUGGACAAGCUGAGGGCGUGGGGAUCCGCCAAGAAGGAGGCCGCGAACCAGGCCGCCGGCCGCGUGCUGCCCAAGCCGAAGCCGAGCACGGCGGCCGCGCGCAUGGUGGCCGUGAACAACCUCAAGAAGACGGCCAAGGGCGACGACAAGCUCGCGCCCGAAAAGAGAGUCUACCUAUACGUCGAGGCCGAGGCGGCGACGACGACGGCAAAGCUUCCCAAGGGCCAAUUCUUCUACUCGAAGGAUUGGGUCAUAGGCAGGGUUCUCGACGCCGCGGCCCGGAGUCUCCAAGUCGAGAACGUCAACAAUCAAUCAUCAAAGGAAGAAGACAAGCUUCGAGUGUUCCAUGUAGAGGGCGGCAGAGUUUUGGAGUUCAACGAGAAGGUCGGGUCCUCACUUGUCAGCGGCAAUACCAUAGUGCUGCUGAGGGGGAUUGGACCUGCGAUCCCGAAUCUCAUUGAGCCAUGA